AUGUUUGAAUUGAGUGACGAGGCGAUUCAACGAUUCCUUCAUGAUAACAGAAAUUGUCGAAUUGCAUUCGUUACGAGUGGUGGGACUCAAGUACCGUUAGAGAAAAAUACUGUUAGGUUCAUUGAUAACUUCUCGAUGGGAACGAGAGGAGCUGCGAGUGCUGAGUAUUUUCUGCGAAACGGCUAUGCGGUAAUAUUCAUGCACCGCGAGGAAUCAUUGAAGCCAUUUUCUCGACACUUUGGAAAUAUUUUUAAUUCGCUUAAAGUUGUCAACAAUCAGGUUGUUUGCGAUCUUCCAAAUUUGGCAAAAAAUGUCGAAGAACGUGAUAAAUAUGAGAAGAAAAUUUUGUUCGCCAGUUUUAAAACGUUCGAGCAAUAUAUGCAGCUUCUGGAGCAUAUCUGCAAGCAUGUCAAUGUGCUCGGAGCGCGAGUUGUUGUCUAUUUGGCAGCAGCGGUUUCAGAUUUCGUUGUGACACAACUGCCGACACAUAAAAUGGCUAGUGAUUCGCAGUUGAAUCUCGCAUUGAGCGUUGCUCCAAAAGUUAUCGAACGAGUUGUCAAUUCAUAUGUGCCAAAUGCAUUUAUAGUAUCAUUUAAGCUAGAAACAGAUUCGAAAAAAUUAAUUCCAAAAGCAAAAGCGGCACUAGCCAAGUAUGGACAUCAAUUAGUAAUAGCUAACAUAUUAGAGUCCCGAAAGUAUCGUGUCAUAUUCGUCCGACCACAAAAUGAGGAUGGAGAAGAAAUAACAGUUAGCGAAGAAGAAUUAAAAGCGGGCUGCGAAAUCGAAGAGAAGAUCAUAAAUAGAGUAAAAACACUUCACGAUUACUUUAUUUCUAAUCAAUAA